AUGGGUUACAUGGCCUUGAAACUUGAUAUGAGUAAGCCCUAUGAUCGCGUUGAAUGGGUUUACUUGGAGAGGAUUAUGGAGAAGAUGGGAUUUAGCCGAAGGUGGAUAAAUCUGAUUUCUAUGUGUAUCAGGUCUGUUACAUACUUGGUUAUGCUUAAUGGUCAACCUCAUGGUUUGAUAACCCCAACAAGAGUUACAGUCUCCGAGUGUGUGAAGAUUCAAUCUCUCCUUUAUCUUUAUGAACAAGCUACAGGAUCUUAUAAGUGGAGGAGUAUCAUUAAUGCUAAACAUGUUAUCAAAUUGGGAAGGGUGUGGAGAGUUGGAAAUGGUGAAUCUAUCCAAAUUCGAGGUGACAGAUGGCUGCCCCAAAUUUCAAGUGCCAAAGUUCUAUUUCCAGUCACAGGGCUGGCUUUGGAUGCAAGGGUUUGUGAUAUUAUAGAUCAAGAUUCACACACGUGGAGAGCUGGUUUGAUUGACCAAAAUUUUCUACCUCAUGAAGCAAAGUUGAUAAAAGGAAUCCCCUUGAGUUGGCAAACUGUUUCAGACAAGCAAGUGUGGCUGCCUUCCAAUCAUGGAGAAUUUACAACACAAUCACCUUACCAUUUAUUUGUAGGACAGGGGAGGAAUUUGUUGCCAGGUAGUUCAUCAGGUGGAGGUAAUAAACUAAUCUGGAAGGGUAUAUGGAACUUACAGGAAGGUGAUGUAGAGCUGAGGAAGUGCAUUGGGCAGAAGUUCCUUCCUUUUGUUGAUCUUUUAGCAAUUUUGUUCUUGAGGAAGGAUAGGUUGGAUAUUGAUUUGUUGGCUGUGAUAAUGUGGCUAAUUUGGGGCAGAAGAAAUGCAUCAUGUAUGGGUGAAUCUAUCCUUGAAUACCGCCAAAUUUGGGCCAAAGCUAAAUUGUACUUGCUGGAUUUUAAAACUGCACAAAAGGACGAUAGAAGACUUACAACUACUGUUAUUAGAGUUCCCCGAUGGAUUCCUCCCAUUCACAAUCAUUUCAAAAUCAAUUUUGAUAGGGCUGUCUUCUCGGAGAUGGAUACGGCGGGAUUAGGUGUGGUCAUUCGUGAUUCCUAUGGAAGGGUGGUUGGUGCCUUGGCUGAGCGGAUUCCAAUUACAAUUUCAGCAACUAUGGUUGAAGCUUUAGCAUGCCGAAGGGCUUUGAAUUUUGCAAAGGAGCUGAAUUUAAUGGAUACUGUGUUCAAAGGAGAUGCAGAGCAAAUUAUAAAAGCUCUGCUGGCCAAAGAGAUGCAUCAACCUGAGUAUGGACAUGUUUUACAAGACUCUCUUGUUUUAGCUUCUGAAUUUCGGGUUUGUAUGUUUACCCCAUGUUAA